AUGAAUCUCGUAUCAAAACCAUCGGACAAUCAAUUUAACUUACGUGGCCAAGAUGUUCUUCCAUUAGAUAAUAAUUUUCCUUCAUUUAAAUUAUUUCCGGCACCACGUAAUGAAUCAAUCGAUAACAGUAAUAAUAAUCGUGCAUCACCAUUAAAUACUACUGUUGGUGUCAUACCAAAAAAUCCAACACCAACUGAAACUGAUGAACUUGAUUUUCAGCCAAUACAAAUAUCACCAUUUCGUUUAUUUGGUACAUCAACAACAACUGCAACAACAGCAAAUCAAAGUUCUCCUAAACCUUCGAAUACAACUACAUUAAAAAAACAUUCAUCAACAGCUGAUAAACCAAGAAGAAAACGAGUACCUAAAGUCGAUGAUAUUAAUGAUACACAAAAAGUUAAACGAAGGAAGAGUGAAAUGAAUUUACAACAAAAACAAUUAACAUUAACUGAAUUACAAUCUCCAGUAACAACCGAGAAAAAAAUAACGUUAAAUCCAGAAACAUUUGUAGCAAAAAAUUCUUCAAAUUAUCGUGAAAUUGGUUUUUCUCCUGUUUCAUCAGCUCAAAGUGAUUCAGGUUCGAAUUCAAAUCAUACAUCUGAAUCAUCAACUAAUCUUACAGCUAAUUCAAAACAAAUACAAACUGAUAUAAGCGGAGCAAUAAAUCCAACAUCGAAUGAACUCGAAGCAAAGAACAGUCAAAUUCAAACAUUAUCAAGAGAACGAGAUGAUUUACGACGACAAUUAACUGAAAUGAAAAAAGAUUUAGAUAAACAAACAAAUAUAUUACAAAAAUGUUUAGCUGUUAAUAAAAAAUUACUUGUAGAAAAGUCAACACUUGAACGUAAACAAGCAAGACAGAAAUGUAUGGAAAAUCGUUUAAGACUAGGACAAUUUGUCACACAACGACAAGGUGCAACAUUUGUAGAAAAUUGGACUGAUGGAACAGCAUUUACUGAUAUUACAAAACAACAAGAAAUGCUACAACGUGCCCGAGAAGAACUCGAUCGUGAACGUCGUAAUCUAUUACGUCGUCGACCCAAUUGUGAAGUAAAAGAAAAAUUAACGAAAACAGCAUAUACAAGAGCAAAAAGUAAAGAUCGUGGUAGUUCAUUUACCACACAAGAUGAAAGUAGUAAUGAUGGAAUGAAAACAACAAAUGAUGCAAAUAAAGGAAUAAAUGUUAGUGAUUGGUAUGAAUCUGAUGAAAUAUUACGUUUACGACAAGCGUCAUUGAAGAAGGAAGAAGUCGAUCUUCAAAUUGAAUAUGAAAAAUUAGAACGAGAAAGAAAUUUACAUAUACGGGAAUUAAAACGAAUUUAUAAUGAAGAUCAUUCCAGAUUUCAAGAUCAUCCUAUACUUAACGAUCGUUAUCUACUUCUAAGUUUGAUUGGCAAAGGCGGUUUUAGCGAAGUGCAUAAAGCCUUCUGUUUAAAAGAACAACGAUAUGUUGCCGUUAAAGUCCAUCAACUUAAUAAAGAAUGGAAAGAAGAAAAGAAAGCUAAUUAUAUAAAACAUGCUUUACGCGAAUGUGACAUUCUUAAAACACUUGAUCAUCCUCGUAUUGUACGCCUAUAUGAUGUAUUCGAAAUUGAUACAGAUUCAUUUUGUACGGUACUGGAAUAUAUUGAAGGAAAUGAUAUAGAUUUUUUCUUAAAACAACAUAAAAUCAUUCCAGAAAAAGAAGCACGUUCUGUUAUGAUGCAAACAGUGAGCGCAUUACGUUAUUUAAAUAAUGGUAUUAAACCACCUGUGAUUCAUUUUGAUCUUAAACCGGCAAAUAUUCUUCUCGGUUCGGGUACAAGUAGUGGAGAAAUAAAAAUAACAGAUUUUGGUUUAAGUAAACAAAUGUGUGAAGAUACAUAUGAUCCUGAACAUGGAAUGGAUUUAACAUCACAAGGUGCAGGAACGUAUUGGUAUCUUCCUCCUGAAGUAUUUGUGCAAGGACCCAAUCCACCUAAAAUAUCUUCGAAAGUUGAUGUAUGGAGUUUAGGUUGUAUUUUUUUUCAAUGUUUAUAUGGACGAAAACCAUAUGGUCAUAAUCAAUCACAAGCAGCUAUACUUGAAAAUCAAACUAUACUAAAAGCUAAAGAAAUUGAAUUUCCAAAUAAACCUAUUGUAUCUGAUGGCGCAAAAACAUUCAUAAAACGUUGUUUAACUUACAAUGUUCGUGACAGACCUGAUGUAAAUCAAUUAGCUGAUGAUGAAUAUUUACGUUCCUAUCCAAAACGUACAACAACAACUGCAUUAGCGCGAACAGCACAAUUAACAAUGAAUGAUGGUUCAAAUUAA